AAAAAAUUUUUUAAUGGUGUGAUUCAUAAAAGUUCUUCGCACCAAAAAAAAAUCAUCUCCAGCAGUUUAUUAAUUUAUUUAGAGAAAAGUGCUCUGUACAAUUACACGUUUAGCUCCUCACGAGUAUAUCGCAAGUAAUCUGUCUUAUCAACACGCAAUUCAUAAUGAUAAAUUGUGCUCUAUUGUGUGUUGUAAAUUAAAAUCAGCUGUUCCACAAUGGAAAGUACUCCCAUGAAAAAUCUUCAGCAAACAAAGAGCACGACGAAUAAAAUGGCCACAGAACGCCAACCACUUCUAUCACAGGCAGAACCACCGGCUGAGACUACACCUGCUGUGAUGCCACCGCGUCCGGAUGUCCGGACCUCUCCAGAAUCUGCUCUCGUGGAUGUCCACAGUGAGUCAUCUGUUGUGGAGGAGACCAUCGAGGGGGAUUCCAAGGAGAGCUUGUACGAUUCAACAAUGUAUGAUCCAUGGUCAAAUAGAAAACUCGAGCAUCCAACAUCGAAUCUCGACACACUGAUACACCUGCUAAAGGGAAACAUCGGUACGGGUAUCCUGGCUAUGCCGGAUGCCUUCAAAAAUGCUGGCCUCUAUGUUGGGCUCUUUGGCACACUGCUGAUGGGUGCUAUUUGCACGCAUUGCAUGCACAUCCUCGUUAGGUGCUCCCACGAACUCUGUCGCCGCCUACAAAUACCCUCACUUGGCUUCUCGGAGGUGUGCUGUGCAGCCUUCGUGACGGGUCCUUUUGGGUUACGGCGCUACGCGCAACUAGUGAGGAUAAUUAUAAAUAUUUUUCUGUGCAUAACACAGCUGGGCUUUUGCUGUGUCUACUUCCUCUUUGUUGCCCUCAAUUUGCAAGAGGUCAUUGCACGGUACUACGUAAAGGUGGACGUCCGUGUGUACUUGGUACUCAUCCUCAUUCCAAUGAUUGCCCUCAAUAUGGUGCGGAAUCUCAAAUAUCUCACUCCGGUGUCCCUCCUGGCGGCUGUUCUCACCGUUUCCGGGCUCACAAUUACCUUCUACUACGUCCUCCAGGAUCUCCCACCGUCUUCCAGUGUACAUGGCUUCUCAACGUGGGCACAGCUACCGCUGUACUUUGGCACAGCCAUUUAUGCAUUUGAGGGCAUUGGGAUUGUGUUACCGCUUGAAAAUAAUAUGGGUACGCCGGAAGAUCUGGGUGGUGCUACAGGGGUGCUCAACACAGGGAUGGUCAUUGUUGCCUGCUUGUACACGGCUGUGGGAUUCUUUGGGUAUCUCAAGUAUGGAGAUGCCGUCAGUGGAAGUAUUACGCUUGAUCUACCAAAUACAAUGCUGGCCCAGUCUGUGCGAAUUGUGAUGGCAGUGGCGAUUUUCUUCUCAUGUCUUCAAUUUUACGUUCCCGUAAAUGUGAUUGGACCCUGGGUGAAGAGUCACUUCCAGUCUGAACAACAUAAAAUGUAUGCUGAUCAUCUUUUCCGGAUUGCUCUUGUCUUCUUUACGUUUAUACUCGCAGCAAUCAUUCCUAAUCUCGGCGGUGUAAUCUCCCUCGUGGGUGCCAUGAGUAGCUCAAUGUUGGCCCUCAUCUUUCCACCACUCAUUGAAAUUGUUACAUUCUGGCCAACUGAUCUUGGGCGGUACUACUGGAUCCUCUGGAAGGAUCUCGCUAUCAUGAUCUUUGGCAUUUGUGGCUUCUUCUUUGGCACAUACACGAGUCUCUGGCAAUUACUCAAUCAACAUACGGACGCCUAAAGGCAUUUUUUGACAUAUUCCACCAUUCAAGGGGAGCCCUGUUCAGCCACCCGAAUGGAGGAUAUUUUACCAAAAUGUUCUUUAUUUUCUAUUUUUGUUAGAUCCAUGUCUUGCGAUGUGUUCUAAUUAUUUUUUUUCUACCCUAUUUAUAUCAUACUUCCAGUGUGAUUGUGUGUGAAACUCCUUGAGUUUAUCGCGCAAAAAAAUGACAAUAAUAUUUAUUAGGUAAAAGAGAAAACAAUAAAUUGUUAAUUUAGAGAUUUAUUUAUAAAUGCCCUUAAAGUGUUUCAUCAGGUAAGAGAGAAAAAUGAAAAAAAAAAAUUUUCCAACAAAUCCAGAGAGAGAACAAAGAAAAAAAAACUAUUAGUUUAGAUAGGGAAUUUAUUUUCUUGUGUUAAAAUUAAACAAAAACGUUGCUCUGUGUGGCUUAGUUGAAAAUUUAUUAAUUUUUUUUUCUAAAUAAAGUAUAAAAAAAUGAAUAUUUUUUGUUUAUAAAAUAUUCCCGUUAAAGUGGACAAUAAGUGUUAAGAUUUAUUCUUCAAAACCAGUAAGAAAGAAUUGUAUUUCCUAUAUUGAAUGUUAUACAAAGAGUAAAAAAAGAUGUAUAAAAAAAUGGAAUCUAUUUCAAUUAAAUCAUUAAAAAGCA